GAUGUGUUUCCCUGCUGGGAGGAGGAAGGGGAGCGUAGACGGGCUGUGUGUCAGGAGUAAUCCCAGGGCUGGGCAUGAGGAGAUUCCUAGGGCAGCGUGUAAAUGCCUUUACCUCUUGCUAACCGUUGUAACUUUAGCGCUGAGCGUAGUUCCUGAGGCAGUGAUGGGGGACUAGUGUGUUGAGCUGAAGGCUUCCCGUACCGCUGUGUGAUGCAUAUCUAAGUAGGGUGAGUUUGGGUGGAGGUUCCUCAUGUAACAGUGAGAGACUUGGGGUCGCUAUGGAUUUGUGUUUAGAAUCGUCUGACCCUCUGUUUCUCAGCCUGAGUAGAGGGUGUGUGUGGGUGAAAUACCUGGGCUAGAAUGGCCCCAUCUGCCAUUCAUCUGGGUUUAUCUGAUACCGAGGCGGUUCCAAAGACCUUGUUAUCUGCAUUCUCCUUCUGAUCAUCCUGUAGCCUCGGCAUUCUACUGGCUUCUGUUGGAGAAAGAACACUGUGCUAGGAUGUAACUUAAAAUGACUUAUGAUUCUGAAGGUCCUCUGAAAAAUAUGCCGUGCUUGAAUGUUUGCUAAGGACAAUUGCUGAUGCAUGAUCAAGAUGAGUGGAUUAGGAGAAAACUCCUUGGAUAGCUUGACCAAUGAGUCAAGGAAGCGCAAGCCAUUGCCCUGUGAUACACCAGGUGCAAGUUUGACCUGCAGUGGUGAGAAGCGUCGGCGUGAGCAGGAAAGCAAAUACAUUGAAGAACUGGCUGAACUGAUAUCUGCUAAUCUGAGUGACAUUGACAAUUUCAAUGUCAAACCAGACAAAUGUGCUAUUUUAAAAGAAACUGUGAGACAGAUUCGACAAAUAAAAGAGCAAGGAAAAGCAGUUUCUAAUGAUGAUGAUGUUCAGAAAGCUGAUGUAUCUUCUACGGGUCAAGGAGUUAUUGAUAAGGAUUCAUUGGGACCUCUUUUAUUACAGGCGUUGGAUGGUUUCCUGUUUGUUGUAAAUCGAGACGGGAACAUAGUAUUUGUGUCAGAAAAUGUCACACAGUAUCUGCAGUACAAACAAGAAGAUUUGGUUAAUACAAGUGUCUAUGGUAUCUUGCACGAAGAGGACCGGAAGGACUUUCUUAAAAACUUACCUAAAUCUUCAGUUAAUGGAGUUGCUUGGACCAAUGAAACACCUAGACAGAAGAGUCAUACAUUCAAUUGCCGGAUGAUGGUGAAAACCUCUCAUGAUCUUUUGGAAGAUGUAGGCAGCCACCAGGAUAUGCGUCAAAGAUAUGAAACAAUGCAGUGCUUUGCUUUAUCUCAGCCAAGAGCUAUGAUGGAAGAGGGGGAAGAUUUGCAGUCCUGUAUGAUUUGUGUGGCACGUCGUAUCACAACUGCAGAAAGGGUAUUUCCAACAAAUCCGGAGAGCUUUAUUACAAGACACGAUCUUUCAGGCAAACUUGUCAACAUUGAUACCAACUCAUUACGGUCUUCCAUGAGACCUGGCUUUGAAGAUAUAAUUCGUCGGUGUAUUCAGAGGUUCUUAUGCCAUAAUGAUGGACAGUCAUGGUCAAACAAACGUCACUAUCAUGAAGCUUAUACACAAGGUCAUGCUGAAACACCAUUGUAUCGGUUUUCUUUAGCGGAUGGUACUAUAGUGACGGCGCAAACCAAGAGUAAACUAUUUCGAAAUCCUGUGACUAAUGACCGCCAUGGAUUUGUUUCUACUCACUUUCUUCAAAGAGAGCAAAAUGGAUAUCGGCCAAAUCCAAAUUCAGUUGGGCAAAGCAUCAGAACACCUGUGACUGGAAACACAAAUUCUGUUGGUGGUCUUAUGAACGUGUCACCUGGUCAAGGCAUGCCAAUGCAGAACAGGAACUAUGGUAUGGGAGAUCCCAAUGCAGUGGGUCAGCUGAGCAGCACUCGAUAUGGAGGCCCUGGUAGUAUGGGGCCAAUGAACUCUGGACCCGGAAUGCAGUCCUCUGCCUAUCAGAACAACAAUUAUGGGUUAAAUAUAAGUAGCCCACCACACGGUAGUCCUGGUUUAACUUCCAACCAGCAGAAUUUAAUGAUAUCUCCUAGGAAUCGAGGGAGUCCAAAAAUGAGUUCACACCAGUUUUCUCCAGUUACAGGUAUACACUCUCCAAUGGGAUCUGCCAGCAACACCGGCAACAGCACUUUCUCUAGCAGUUCUCUUAGUGCUCUUCAAGCCAUUAGUGAGGGUGUUGGAACUUCCCUUUUAUCAACUCUUUCUUCACCGGGUCCAAAAUUGGAUAAUUCCCCAAACAUGACCAUAACUCAGCAAAGUAAAACGAGUACCCAGGACUCCAAAAGCCCUUCUGGUUUGUAUUGUGAACAAAACCAAGUGGAAAGUUCCAUCUGUCAGUCAAACAGCAGGGAUCUCCUUGGUGAAAAAGAUAGUAAAGAGGGAAAUCUGGAGGCAUCUGAAAGUCAGAGGGGACCAUCUGAAAGCAAAGGGCAUAAAAAACUACUUCAGCUACUCACAUGCUCCUCAGAGGAAAGAGGACAUUCUACAGCAUCAAACUCGCCUUUAGACUCAAAUUGUAAAGAAUCUUCUACCAAUGUUACCAGCCCUUCAGGAGUUUCCUCAUCAACAUCUGGGGGAGUAUCUUCCUCCUCAAACAUGCAUGGGUCGCUCCUGCAAGAGAAGCAUAGGAUUUUACAUAAAUUGUUGCAGAAUGGUAAUUCUCCUGCAGAGGUAGCCAAGAUCACAGCUGAAGCUACUGGUAAAGACACGUAUCAUGAUGCUAGUAAUGCAGCCCCCUGCGGAGAAGUCACUGUCAAACAAGAACAACUGAGCCCAAAGAAGAAGGAAAACAAUGCUUUACUAAGAUAUCUGUUAGAUAAAGAUGAUGUUAAGGACCCGCUUUCCAAAGAGUUGAAGCCUAAAGUAGAAAGUGUGGAUAAUAAAAUGGGACAAUGCAGUAGUUCUACAAUUCCUACUUCUAGUCAAGAGAAAGAGAUGAAAAUAAAAACGGAACCAGCGGAGGAGAUGAGUGGAGACUUGGAUAAUUUGGAUGCAAUUCUCGGUGAUCUGACUAGUUCAGAGUUUUACAAUAAUGCUAUGUCUGCAAAUGGAAAUAACCUGGGAACAAAGCAAGCAUUAUUUCAAGGAAAUGCCCUAUUGGCAGGUAUGAGGAGUCCUCAGUCUGUGCAGACUACCCGCCCACCUUUCAACAGAGCCAUGUCUUUAGACAGCCCUGUGGGUUCAAGUGCUCCAGUGAGGAAUGUCAAUCCAUUCUCCAUGUUACAAAAGCCAAACUUGAUGGGUGGAAGUCCAAGAAUGAUUGAGAACCAGGAAAAUUUUGGAGCUAAUCUGGCAGGUGCUCCCAACAGAAAUGUAGCUAUGAAUCAGCAUCAGUCAGGAGACUGGGGUUUGCCAAAUUCAAAGGUGAACAGGUUGGAACCCACAAGUUCUGCUUCAAUGUUGAGACCAGGAUCAGAGUUUGGUGCAUCCCUUCCCAGACCCGCGGUGGGUGGCUCUAUGUCUGGGCUGCCCAUUCGCUCGAAUAGCUUACCUGGUACAAGAGCAAUGCUACAACAGCAAAUGAUUCACAUGAGGCCAAAUGAGAUAAACAUUGGCAUGGGGGGGAAUCUGUAUGGACAGCCAGGACCAUCUAACCAACCAGGAUCAUGGCCUGACAACAUGCUGUCCAUGGAGCAAGCAUCACGGGGUUCACAAAACAGACAAUUAGUUAGAAACUCUUUGGAUGACCUCUUAUGUCCGGCACCAAAUAUGGAAGGCCAGACUGAUGAAAGGGCACUUUUGGAUCAGCUGCACACAUUGCUGAGUAAUACGGAUGUCACAGGUCUGGAAGAAAUUGACAGAGCAUUAGGAAUUCCUGAUCUUGUAAACCAAGGACAAGCUUUGGAAGCCAAACAAGAUUCAUUUCAAGGUCAGGAAUCUUCAGUUAUGAUUGACCAGAAGCCUUCGUUAUAUGGUCAGCCCUAUCAAGGGCAAGGGGCAGCAAUGCCAGGAGGUUUUAGUAACAUUCAGGGACAACAGCCAUCCUUUAAUUCAGUAAUGAAUCAGAUGAGCCAACAGAGCAAUUUUCCACUUCAAAGUAUGCAUCCUAGAGCAAAUGUGAUGAGACCUCGAACCAAUACACCAAAGCAGCUCCGCAUGCAGCUCCAGCAGAGGCUUCAGGGGCAGCAGUUUAUGAAUCAGACUCGUCAAGCGCUUGAAAUGAAAAUGGAAAAUCCAGUCAGUGGUAAUACCUCAGUGAUGAGACCAGUUAUGCAGCCACAGGUGGGAUCACAGCAGCAAGGUUUUCUUAAUGCUCAAAUGGUGGCUCAGCGUAACAGGGAGCUAAUAAGUCAUCAUUUUAGACAACAGAGGAUGGCAAUGAUGAUGCAGCAGCAACAGCAACCUCAGGCCUUCAGUCCACCACCAAACGUGACAGCUUCAGGAAGCAUGGAUAGUGCUUUGACAGGCCCUCCAAUGGCUCAAGUUCCUCCACAGCAAUUCCCCUAUCCACCUAAUUAUGGAAUAAGCCAACAACCUGAUCCUGCAUUUAGCAGAGUAUCAAGCCCUCCCAACCCAAUGAUGUCAUCAAGAAUUGGACCCUCCCAGAAUCCUAUGAUGCAGCAUCCUCAGACAGCAACAAUGUACCAGUCCCCUGAGAUGAAGGGCUGGCCAUCGGGAAGCAUGGCCAGGAGCAGUUCUUUCCCACAGCAGCAGUUCAGCCAUCAAGGUAAUCCAGCAGCGUACAGUAUGAUGCACAUGAAUGGCAGCAGUGGCCAUAUUGGACAGAUGAAUAUUAAUACCAUGCCUAUGUCAGGGAUGCCUAUGGGUCCAGACCAGAAAUACUGCUGACACCUAGAACCAUAUCUUCAAACAAGAAUGCGCUGUAUUAAUGAUGCACUAGUAUUAUAAAGGAAAGCUACGCAUUCUUCAUGGCAACUAGUACUGGCCUUUUGGAAAUAAGUGAUUUUUCCUGUUAAUCGCCAUGAUGUCCUAAGUUACUUCAUUCAGAGGAGAAAAAAAAGAAAAACAACAAAAACCCCACUUUAGUAGAAGCAGUCUCUGUAUUACUGUAUAUUGUGGUGUACAAAAAAAGGUCACGUAAAUAUUUUUGGCGCUCUGUCUCUAGAAAUGUGAAUUUGGCAAUGGCGUUUUAGUAGAUAUGAUGGGUAGACUCCAGGUAUACCUCAUCUGUUUACUGUAGCUAUCCAAAGCCCUUUAACUACAGGCAGACAAAAGUGCCUGGAGAAGUCACGGUGAUAAGAAUUUUCUGAUUUCUCUAGUAACAAUAUCUGACAGAGAAUGUAGUUCCUAGCCUUGACUCUUUUAUAUUAAUUCCUGAAUAUAAAUGCUGCUUUUAAUCUCUUACCCCCACGAGCCAGGAUUUCCCAAGCAAAGUAGCAGUGCAAAAUGAAUUGGCACAUACCAGUCCAAAAUCCUGUCCAUUGAAGCCAAGGGGUAAAAAGAGAGGAUAAUAAAUUUAAAUUAUUUAAACACAAUUGUGACUAAUAUUUACAUACUGAUGUGCAGCUGAGUGCACUUUAUAAAAGACUAUAUAAUGGAUUAAUGCAAUAUCUUUGAUAAGGACUUAAUAUGAAGGUAGGGUGUACUCAUGUUCCUUCUCAAACACAAUCUCUUAAGAAUUAUUUGAAAAGACUGCAUAAUGUAAUGUUUUCUGUGUAUGGAAAUUAGAGCAAUAAUCUUUCAUCUUUUUUUGAAAAUAACUUCAGAAAACUCAAGGCAAGGCACUGCAGUCUGAAUCAGAAUUUUGCAGUCUUUUUGUGAAUAAAUUUUGUAAAUAUGAUCUUUAAGAUAAUGUAUUAUAUAUAUGACUUUUGUAGGUCACUAACUCAUUUUUGCAGAGUUUGUGAAGCUAAAUAUUUAACAAAAAUUGAUUUCUGUAAACUCAGUGUAGUUGAGGUCCAAAUAGAAUUUUUUUUUUUUUUUUUUUUUUAGUUAAAUUUAAUGACUUUGAAGCUGGGUGACUUUGGCCCACAUCUUUCUGUUUUUUGGUCUUCAACACUUCAUUUAUUUUUACAUCUUUAACAUAUAGCUUUUUAUAAAAGACCAGUUGUUAAAUGCUUUCUCCACCUGUGAGCACUUUGUUACCUUUCUUUUUACAUAAAGCAAUUUGACAAAAAGGCUCUGCAUUGUAAGGUGUUAUGACUUGUCAUGAUGGUCAUGUCUUUCUACAAUACGUUGCCUUUCAGUUGAUAAAUCUGGAUUGUGUCUUUUUUGGUCAAUUUUCACGAACUCUAAAUGUUCUUCAAAAAAGUUUGUCUGUUGCAAAAUAUUUGUUGUUACAUGACAUCCAGAAACCUUUAAGGAUAUUAAGCCACACUUUAACCAAAUGUCUGCACCUCCUUGGAUUGUUCUAAUAGUAAUGAAUGUAUUUUCUAAGCAGGUUUCUCUCAUAUCAGUAUUUAAGUCUGGUUACAAAUUUAUUGAUAUUAUUCGCUGAUGGGUUCCCCUUGCCUCUAUUUUGGUUCCUUGAAAUGAAGAUCCCUUUGCAGUUUUUCCAGUUUCAGGCAGUUAUGAUGAGUCGAACGUCUAAACUUCUCUACAGGAUGACCCAGAAAUGUUUAAGAUGUGUGGUGCUUUUGUUCUGUUGUUCACUGUGUAAUGGAAAACUGACUUCUCCCAAGUGAGUAAAAAACAAAUAUCUGUGUUCUUGAUUGCUUCUUCUUGGUGUACUGUAAGCAAGAGGUGGUUUUAUUGUCCAGAAUAGUCAGUGAUCUUCCAUUUUAAUAGAAAUAACUUUAACUAGAAAUAUUCUCAAAACGCUCAUCCUCAGCAUACAGCCAGUUGUGUUCCAAAGGGAAUGUAGAUUCAAUCGAUCUGCUUUAUGCAACCCUGUCUCUGCAAUUAGUAUUGACUAUAUAUAUAUUAGGUGGUAGUAUUUAUUUGAAACCUUCAGUCCAAUUCAUGUGUGUUUUUUAAUGCAAAACUUUUAAAAGCCUAAGGAACUUUUAUCUUUUUUUAUUUCCUAGAACAUAUCUAUUUGUUAAGUGCUGCCUACUGACGUUGAAAGGCAACAAUCCCUUGCUUUUUAUAUCAAAUCCGAGUAGAACAAUCUUUAUAUUUUGUAGUUGUUCAUUAUAUUGAUGGAAACUACAAACCCUGAUUGCUUUCAUUAGGUGAGCUAUUAGACUAUAUAUAACUUUAUACAUCAUUCCCUUUUAAUUUUUUUUUUAAUGAGUGAUUCUAUUUAUACAUCUAUCUAUGUAUAACAGGUACCUGACUGAUGUUGUAAAGGAUCAUCCUUUUUCCCAUCUGUUUAGAAUGCUGGAGCUUUCCAGUACCUACUUUUUUGCUGAAUCCAAAGAUUUUUAGUUUAAACUUGAUUAAGGGGGGAGGGGGGCAUUUUUAAAAGGCAUUGAUAACAUCUUUCUUGGCAGCACUGAUCCUAAAUACUGCAUCUAGUUUGAAGAUCUUACCUACUGCAGGAAAUAAAACUGACCUUGAAAUCUGUUGACUUUAAUAUCUCGACCAGUUAGUUCUGUUUUGGUUUUAGAGCAGCAGAUUUUUCUGAAUGUUUUAAAAAAACAACCUGUGUAACACUUUUCAACAGGAAGAGAACCAUUAGCUAGUACAGCCACCUCUGAUCCCUGCUGUGUAAUGAGCGUUGUUUUGCUACAUGUCUUUGUUACUCUUUUGAUCACAGAAACCAUGUUUUUAUGAAAUUCAUAUGUAGUAUUUUUUUCCAAUCUUCGCCUAAAAUACUGCUUUUAAAGUUAGAAAAUCAGGACCAUUUUCAGUCAUAAGACAAAACUAUUUGAAUGUUGUACCAAUUAGCACACAUUUUAUUUUAGAAUUUAUGUGCAGACUACCAGAUGACAGAAUGAUACAGCGAGUGUGAAACCAUGUAAUUGUGAGAGCAAUAUUUUAAAAAAUUCUCAGGAGAAGGCAUACAGUAUUGAGAAUUGCAUUUAAGUUUAGUUUACAUUAAGUAUUGCUUGAAAUAUCUGUAUCUAUGUUGCAAAACAGAAAAAUCAUGGGGACUGAUUUAUAAAAGAGUUGGUUGUAAGGUAUUACUGCUCUUUUGAUUUUUGUGUUUGGAUGUUAAUAAUAAUGUAAAUAAAGGUUUCUAUUUAAAAUCAGAA